UGGAGACCCUAACAUGAACCCACAUCAGCCAGCAUCAGUGUGGUCCUUGACCCCACGCCACCCAGAGCCCGCCCCCUGCCGAGCCCUCAUCCUCCGCUCCAGUCGCUGUGUGUGUUGGUAUUUAUGCCCAGACUGCAGGCUCACUGAAACCCCCUCCGCGGCGCAGAUUAUCGGACCGAACCAUUGCCGCAGUUUGGGUUUGAGCACCUGUCACAUGACGCUCCGUAUCCUCAGCGCCGACGUUUUCCCGUCGCGGCGAGCUCGUGGCACUUGGACGCGCCGUGGACGCGGAUCGGACGCCGGCCUCGGGCGCACGCUGGGGGAGCGCGGCUCUCGGUGUGACUUGGCUUGAAGCACUGGAAUAGGCCCAACGAGACUUUGGACUCUUAAUGAGGUCACAGCAAUGCUGACAUUGCCUCUAAAUCCAAAGACAUCAUCAUGCUGAAGACGGAGGCUUCGGGGGAGAGGACCAGCCUCCGCAGUGCCUCCCCCCACCGCAAUGCUUACCGGGCUGAGUUUCAGGCACUCAAGAAGGCCUUUGACCAGCCCCGGAUUGAUGGAGACUCGAAGCCUAAAGACCUGGAGCGGGUGAAACAACCAAGGGGUCGCCAGUAUGGCGCUCACGUCAGUCGCAUUAAGGACAUGUUCAUGCAGAUGGGCUCAGAAAAUACGACCAAUAAAGCCAGGGGCCGGGAUGAAGCCUCGCCGCAAAAGCUAGCAAAGCCCACCAACUUCAUCAACAAAGCCGACGGGUCAGUCAUCAAACUUCAACACUCGUCGUCUGCAGACAGGAUCGGGGGCGCAGGGGCAAAGUUUUCAGAAACCAGGAAACUGUUUGAGCAGCAGUCUCGCGACCAAUCCCAAUCGCCGGUCUUUUCUUACGGACGCGAUAAGAGGGGCUCUCACGAACACCUUGACGACUGGAGAGGAGCGAGGUCCAACAGGGGCAGCACCGACUCCCUGGACUCUCUGUGCUCCAGAACCGAGGCGUCAUCGCCGACUGUUAGCCAGCUCAGUGCUGUUUUUGAAAACGCGGAUCAAAACAAUCAGGGCGGGCCCUAUAGAGGAGUCAGCAGGCGAACCCUCUACUCGCCUGAUGGAUCCUACCGCCAAGGAGGCGACCUCAGCGAGGACGACUCCCGACAAUCUCCGGUUCGCGGAAACUACCGGAACAAGAUGGGGGGCAAGCUUCCUGUGUCUUCAUCCGCGGAGGACCUCCUGAGCCCCAGUCCUGGGGCGGACACGUCUGAAGCCAAAAAAGAGGGUUCGCAAGCUAAGGAGACCCAGGAAAAAACAGGGGAUGCUUCUAGAAGAGACAGGCAAUAUUUUUACACUGCCAACACCAAUGGAAGCCAAGUUAACGGCUCGUGUGAAGAAGAGGAGAAACCCUCAGACUCCCUGACACGUAUUGAGGACCAAGAAGUCACCAAAGCCUCGAAACCUACGCAUGGUGCUGUGAUUAACAAAGCUUUUCAAGAUGGUUCUCACGAUCCGCUGCCCGCCACAGCCGCACAAACUGGAGAAAGCAACGACGGGCUGUACGCUUUAAAGCAGGAGGCGUCUCGUGAACCUCCCAAGGACCAAACCGAAGAACCCGAGGAGGAAUACACGGGGAACGAGCGGGUGAUCUUUAACGCCGACGGGGACGCCUGUUACCAGGGCUGGGGGGAAAGCUGCACAGAUCCCGAUGAUGACCUGUAUGGCGAUGACGAGGAUAUCGUCUACGACCCUGGCUCCGAUGUGACAGAGAUCCCCGGUCUGCCGGAGGAAAGCAAGGACGACGUCCCACCAAAGAGGAAGAUUCGCUUCAGCACUUCUCCCAUUACAGUGUUCAACACCUACUCCAACGAGGACUACGACCGGCGUAACGAGGAAGUGGAUCCUGUGGCCUCCUCGGCGGAGUACGAGCUGGAGAAGCGGGUGGAGAAACUGGAACUCUUCCCUGUGGAACUGGAGAAAGAUGAAGACGGCCUUGGGAUCAGCAUCAUUGGGAUGGGCGUCGGCGCGGACGCUGGCCUGGAGAAGCUGGGCAUCUUUGUGAAGACCGUCAUCGAGGGAGGAGCUGCCGAGAGAGACGGCAGGAUCAAGGUGAACGACCAGAUUGUGGAAGUGGAUGGGACGAGUCUGGUGGGUGUGACGCAGAGCUUUGCUGCUUCAGUCCUGAGGAACACGUCCGGAGUGGUUCGCUUUGUGAUUGGCCGAGAGCGCCCCGGUCAGCAGAGUGAGGUGGCCACGCUCAUCCAGCAGACCCUGGAGCAGGAGAGGAGGCAGAGGGAACUCCUGGAGCAGCAGUACGCCCAAUAUGACGCUGAUGACGACGAGCAGACAGGGGAGUACGCCACAGAUGACGAGGACACGGGAACGGCGGGCGGUGGCGAGAAGAGCAUCGAGGUGUUUGAUCUGCCCGAGACGGAGGACAUCUUGUCUCCUUCAGAGUUAGACGCCACGAAGCUCUACCAGAAGUUCAGAGAGCUCCAGAUCAAGCACACAGUGACCGAGGCCGAGAUCCAAAAGCUGAAAACCAAGCUGGCGUCCGUUGAGAAGGAGAAGCAGCGCUGGGAGAAGGAGAAGAGCCAGCUGAAGGCCAGCAUAGAGGAGAACAAGGAGAGGAUGCUGAAGCUGGAGAGCUACUGGAUCGAGGCGCAGACCCUGUGCCACACGGUCAACGAGCAUCUGAAGGAGGCCCAGGCCCAGUACCAGGCUCUGGAGAAGAAAUACAGCAAAGCCAAGAAGCUCAUCAAGGACUUCCAGCAGAAGGAGGUGGAGUUCAUCCAGAAGGAGGACGCAGAGCGGAGGCGGCUGGAGGAGGCUGAGAAAGCUCACCUGGCGGAGAUCCAGGGACUGCAAGUCAGGAUUGCAGCCCUGGAGUCCGAGCUAAUGCAGCUGAUGAAGCAGAACGGCAUCCAGGUCAACAACAACAACAGCAACGGUUCCGAGAGGCUCGGCGCUCAGCAGCACGGCCCGAGCGCAGCUGCAGCUCAACCCAGAGAAGUGAAGGAGGGAUCCCCCCACUCAGCCAGCACCCAGCCAGCCUGCACGGGAGACAGCAUCAGUAACCCAGAGGGACAGAUCUCCGAGGCAAAAGGAAGCCCGGCCCACAGUUGCUCUGGAUCUGCCAGCGCUGAGGGCUCCCCCAGAAAAACGUUGCACGGCUCUCAGUCAGUUGCAAGGUCAAGCCCAUCUCACGGCCCGGAGGAACACGGACAAAGUCCAGAACCUGGUUCCACAGAGCCGUCAGCAGAUGGCAGGGCAGAGAAACCAAAGGCUCAGGCACCAACUCGCGUCGAUGACCUGAGCGCCAGCAGCAGCAGCAGCAGCUCAGCGGAGAUCAGCGGUCUGCUCGGCGCGGCCAAGAUGUCGGGACGCUCACACACCCCGGUGCUGUCCUCGGACGAGAGUCUGGAUAUGAUAGAUGAUGAGAUCUUGGACGAAGCGCAGCCUUUGAAGCAGCAUCAGUGGCAGAACCGCAGCGUUACCGAGUGGACCUCGCAGCAAGUGGCGCUCUGGCUGACGGGCCUCAAUUUGGAACACCAUAUCCCAGAAUUCACUGCCAAAAACAUAGACGGGGAGCAGCUGCUGCAGCUGGACAGCGCUGAACUCAAGACCCUGGGUGUCACUUCUUCCCAGGACCGUACCCUGAUCAAGAAAAAGAUCAAAGACCUUAAAGCUCUAAUGGAGAAGGCCAGGCGCAGCCAGGAGAAAGCGGAGAAACAACGGCAGAAGCUGCGGAGGAGGGAGCUGGAGCAGCAGCAGAAGGACGCGUGCAAAGAACGCGCCACAGAGUGAAAAGAACCGCACCCUCCUGUUGUUGUACCGUAGCGCCACGUGGUGGUAGCGUCUCGUGGAGCCAAAAGUCAGCAGGCCCCUCGUAGAAACCCAAAGGGGGACGAAUGCUCUGUAGUUCUCAGCGCUGGAGCUCCACAGCUCACCUUCAGAAACGGCUGAGUGACCUAUUCUCCAGGCGAACCAAAUCGAGCAUUUGGUUGGUAGAAUCCUGCCCUUCAUUUUCCCAGAUUUUUCCUCCUUUUCUUUUUUUUUACCCCACCCUGUACUUUUACACUUUACGAGAAGUUACCGAGUUCUAUUUAUUUCGCUGUUCAUAGUUGUAAAUUGGGUUUAUUUAUUCAUAUCCGGAGUAAGUCUGUGAUGACUUCCACCUCGUCCUUUUAACAUAUCGUCACAGACAAGAGCCCACGCUCAUGUACAGCGAGGAAUACAGAUGUGUCUAACGUGCCAUUUCAACAGACUUGUGUAAAUGUAAGCGAGCAGCGCCUACGGUUGUUGAGGAGCAGGAAGCCGAUUUUAAAAGCCCAUGCUCGUCUCCCACCACCGUUUUUUUUUUUUCUUUCUUUCUUUCGUUUCGCUUAUGUUCUCCGCCCAAGGAAGCAGAACAUGGAGGAGGAAGAGUCGUCGGAGAAGACUGGAUGUGCAAACACUGUAAAUGUCAACAUUAUACAUCCAAAAGCAGCUAUCAGAGUAUGACAAUAUGCACACUGUAUUCAACGGACUGGGUUUGUAAGGGAUUUUCAGGGACUGUGCAAGCAGUGAAUUUGUAACCUAAUCUAAUCCUCAAGAAGCUCAUUUACUCAAACCUCCUGCUGAUAUGCAUAAUGUUGCUCCGACUCCACUAAUAACCUGCUUUUGACCUCUUUUUCUAAGUCGGUAAUAAAGUUAAACCCUGCUGCUGCCUUUAGACAUGCUAGAGUAGUUGAAUACUUCCUGAGCUCUACCUGCUUCUGUGUGCGUGUCGAAACCAAUGCUAAGCUGAUCCUCUUAUAUUAUUCUUUAUUGUUCUUUUUAAUGUCUCACGUGCAAAUAUCAUGUCGGACACUGUAAGGUUACACUGGACAUCCGCGUCGAUUCGAGAUGUACCGAUCAGAUGUUUCGGUAGGACGUCUGGUCAACUUAAUAGCGAUUUAAGCCAUUUUCAAUUCUAAAAAUAUUCUAAAAAUAUAAAAACGUUUUAUUUUUAAAGGUUAGGGUUGUACUAUUAUUUAAAAAAGGGGACGAAAUGGUUACAGAGUUCACAUUUCAGACGGUCCAUAAUGUCUUAUUUUUUGUGAUUAGCACUGCUAGCAUGACUAGCAUCACAAGAACAGCAGCAUCCUUGUGAAGUGUUAAAAAAAUCAGAAUCCAUAAUGUUCCAUAACAGAUUGAAAGCUCAAAAGGAUAAAAUAGAGCAGCUUUGCAGUAUGUUCAGCCUUCCUGUUACCUGCUGAAAGGUUUGCUCUCUCUCUUAAUCGCUCGCAGCAUGAACAAGCUGCAGAUGCAGCUUAGCAUGCUGUAAAAAAUAACCCUUUCCGCAAUUUAUUCAGGAACUUGAAAAUGAUUUACAUUAAACAAAAUUUGGUCUGAAUCUACAGAUUUCAGUGGUUGACUAAAACCCAAUAAUAGCUGUUUUGAAGCAUACUGUAUACUGUUAAAAGGUACACUAAUAAAAGAUAACCUAUAGGUGUCAAAUGAUUUUAGCCACAUGCCAGAGAUAAAAAUACUAACUUUAGUAGCUAACGUUAUAUUUAACUUAUUACUUAAAUAUUUAAAUAAGUCAAAUAUAAUCUUUUUGAUGAGUAAAUUAAGAUGACUCACUCAAAGGUUUCUUUGUUUUAUUCAUACAGGUCUAAAUUGUAAUCCAUAAUGGUCUUAAAGCGAUCCUAAGAGUCAUUAAUUUACCUUCCUGAAACCUGUAGAAGAUCUUCACUCAGUAUCCACACUCUUCAGAGUGGAUGCUUACAUAUGGUGCAUUCACCGAUAGGCAGAGGUGGCUAAUCCGUCUUCAGGGAAGUAAAAACCCUGCCUGGUUUUCCUUCAGUCUGUUUACUUACCCAGGUGAUUUUAGUCCCUGGCUCAAUCUGAAUACCCUUAUAGAGCAAGGACUCUUUAGCCAAAGCAGAAGUGCGUCAGCGGUCGCCAAGUGAUGUCUGAAUAGUGCAGUCAGUAAGGAAGGAGGUAGGAAAAUUAGCCUGUGUGCUCCCUCCCACGGAUAACUUUGCCUAGGAACCCCGCGACAUUCCUUACCAGUGCUAAGAACCUUAAGGUAUCCCACAAUCCGUUGCGUGACAUGAUGUAUCCGCACAGCUCCCUCA